AUGUCCAUACUCGCAAUGUCUGCCCCUGCACCUUACCGCUUCUUCAAGAACGACUCUCCUUGGAAUGCCACCCGAGUAUCCUCGGACUCGUAUCCGCGAACAGAGUCCAAACAGGUCGCUCUUCCGUCAAUUCGUCAGACCUUCCCUGAUCUUCACCUGGAAAGCUCUCUGGCAACUAUGUCUUCUCAACCUUCAUCAUCAUCCUACAAGACGUCAUUGCCCGCAGCAAGCGCCAAAACAUCGCCGCCUGAAUACGUACACUCGCCAACUGCGGGCAAGAAACGGCGGCGCAUCUCCAUGGAGGACGAGGAGGGAUAUUUUCACGCCAGGCGGAUACCCCGCCUCUAUGGUAGUCCUGAAUUGCCUCAACGCCGCUCAAACGCACCUCAUCAUGACCAACCAUCUUGCCUCUCAUCCAAGAUUCAUUGGGCCGAAAGCCGGGCCAGAACAACCAGCUUCGGCCCGUGUGCUUCCCUCCCUGCCUCCAUCGACGUCAGUAAUCGAGCAGAGCAACGAACAAUCCAUCCCAGCCUGCCACCAGCCUCAAAAAUGGACAGAAACGGUCCCUCGAUACAGAGAAUGAGAGAAGCUACAGCCCAACCUCCCGUCAAAGUCCCAGGGCCAGGAAGAGCGAACAUGGCGGCUUUGGCAGCAGAUCAUGCGGGGCACCAAGGUCAAGAGCACGCGUAUGCUUUUCAUCAUCCCUCACGAUUCCAAUCCUUGUCAACAAGUUCCAUCCGAUCCCACGACCGAGCCCCCUUCUCAGACGCGGGGGCAACUUUUCCAUCUCAGUAUCAGGACGCAACACGCUACGGCGGCAUGGGCAUUGCUGGGGAUGUCAAGCAGCGGAAACGCCGAGGAAACCUACCCAAGGAAACGACGGAUAAGCUGCGGGCUUGGUUCGUUGCUCACCUACAGCAUCCCUACCCCACGGAAGACGAAAAGCAGGAAUUGAUGCGCCAGACUGGUCUGCAGAUGAAUCAAAUCUCCAACUGGUUUAUCAAUGCCAGACGCCGGCAGCUUCCCACCAUGAUCAACAAUGCGCGGGCAGAGUCAGAUGCCAUGAACAGUCGUUCGAGUGCCGGCAACGGAGAUGGCACCGUGCUGGCUUCCACCGAGCAGCCCACUGGGUAUGGCAUCAAGCGUGACGAAGGCCUGCCACUCAGCGACGGUGAAGGAGGCAGUUUUGACGACGACGCCAACGACCUGCGCCGGCCGACAAGAGCCCACCUGGAACGAGGCAGCGUUUAA